AUGGCGUCUGCAACACAAAGUCAUGGUGGACAUGGACAUGGAAAUGAUCCGCUUGUAAAUUUCCUUAAGGCUCGUAGCUUAAAAAGAUCGGUCAAGCAUGUGAAUGAGGAGUUGGGGAACGAGUACUCGCCAGUUUACAUAGGCCCGCAAGAGGGUGUGAAGGUAGCUGACAAGAUCACGACAUUGCCAGGUGAACCAAAUGGCGUGAAUUUUGAUCAAUAUUCAGGGUAUGUCACUGUUGAUCCUAAGGCUGGUCGAGCUCUUUUCUACUAUUUUGCUGAGUCUCAAAAUUCAUCUUCCAAGCCUCUUGUGCUAUGGCUAAAUGGAGGUAGAAAUUUCAUGCAAUGA